AUAAUUUUAUAGUAGUCAUCAUGCUAUUCCACGAAGAAUAAUUCUCUUCUCUUCAUGUGGAAUUCGCAGUAGCCAUGAAAAAGAAAAUCACAGAAUUUCGGCAGCAUGAGGCAUGAGCAAAACAAAACUCAUGAGAACAAAGCCUGAAGUCUGUCAUUAAAAAUUGCAGUCAAACACUCAAACUCGUGGCACAAAGCAAAAUGUCCAAAUGGGAAUUAAAUAAAAAAAAAAAUUGAUGGUUCAAUUUGAUAAUCUCAUAUAUUUAUACGUAUUUAAUAUUAUAUUGCACGUAUAACCUUGAGAUCCCAUACGAGGAGUAUCGCAGUCUGCAGCCACUGGUUCGCGUAUUUCCUUGCUCUUUUCAUUAAUGUUAGCUAUUUAUUUUUGGUGUUGAGCGAUGUGUGACGUUAAGUGCAAGCAAAGAGCACAACUUUGCGUUUGCGGAGCAUAAUGAUGUGAUGAUUUUACGACUUUAUUUUGAUAUUUGGAUUUUGGGUCUUCAAAAAGAAAAAGAAAAAAAAUCAGCGAAAUUCGGCUGGGGUUUCGGAGGUCGCUGUCCCAAUUCCCCAGUUUACGUGUUCCUGUGUUGAGCUUCCUACGAAGGAUGCAGAACCUUCUUCCGAGGAAUGAUCUUGUGCUGGAAUUCUAAAAAUGGCUGUCUGUGAAAUGAGCAAGUUCUCCAAGCUUCGAUUAUGGCUUCUGUUUGUGAAGUUGCAAGAGAGAUGUUAGAGACAGAAAGGGUAAGAUUUUUGGGUAUUUUGGCAUCUGAGUUCAUUUAUAUUCACUCCUCUUUGUAUAUAGCAAUGCGGUAAUUGCUGAAAUCGGCGUUCUUGUCUGAAUUCGAUUGUUGCCGCUGUGAGUUCAAAAUUAUAACAUUUUAGAUCUAUUUUUUUUUUCCCUGUUCGAGUUUGGAAAACUGGGAAUUGGGAUUACUUUAACUCACGUCGGGAUUGGUGAUCUUGGUUUUGUUUUUUUUGGGUAUUUUUGUAACGUAGUGUAUUGCUCCGACGUGUUUGGUGAUUUGGGUUUUCGCCGAGAAAGUGUUUGGUGAUCUGGGUUUUUGCUUCGAGGAGGGUUUAUGAGGUUGGGGACAGCGUUCGGUGACUGGGUGGUUGGGAAAUUUAUUCAUUUUAGUGACAGACAGGUUGGAGAUAUGGGUUUUGCUAAGAAUUGAAACUGAUGAAUGGGUUUUGCGUUGGAUUUGGAUUUUGUUGGGAAAUGUUGGAUUUGUUAUAAUUUCAAGAAGAGCUAUUAGAUUCUGGCGCUGCGAAUAUAUCGCUUUGUUUAACUUGUCUGUGAUCUGUCUGUUCUAUCCAUUUGGUGUCUAUAAUAAGAUGGCGAGCGCAUCGUCAUCUCCCACUUCUUCACCUUCAGCCGUUCCACCGGCUUCCACCACUACUCCUCCGGCUUCCACCACCCGUCCUCCAGCUUCCACCUCUCCUCCUCCGGCUUCCACCACUCCUCCGCUGCAACCUACUUCUCCUUCCCCUGAACCACCCACAACUUCUCCACCUCCAGACGUUCGUGCAACUGCUCCUUCUCAGACCAAUGCCACUCUGCGGGCACCUGCAACCCCAGCAACUCCAUCUUUGCCACCUACGGCGGUAGUUCCUCCCCCGGCGUCCCUCUCACCCCCACAAUCCCAACCAUCUUCAUCAUCACCACCCCCUUCUCCCAGUACUUUGUCAUCGGCACCUACAGCCUCCCCUCCUCCCCCUCCUUCUCCUCCUCAAUCUGUGUCUCCUCCGCCCCCAGCUCCUUUGAAUGCUCUACCUCCUUCAAUCGCCAAUUCUCCACCACCAUUGUCAUCAAAGCCACCAGAAAACUCACCACCACCUCCAUCUAAUCCUCCAGUAAGUUCACCUCCACCACCAUCUAAUCCCCCACCAUCAGCAAAGCCACCAGCAAGUUCACCUCCACCACCAUCUAAUCCCCCACCAUCAGCAAGGCCACCAGAAAGUUCACCUCCACCUUCAUCAACAAUGCCACCCGAAAAUUCAGCUUCACCACCUACAUCCAACCCACCAAAGUCCCCUGAAAAUUCACCAUCAUCCCAAUCACCACUACCUUCAAAGUCGCCUGAAAAUUCACCCCCACCAUUGGCAACUGAGCCUCCUCAUAGAUCACCGCCCCGACCUGCAUCUAGCCCACCUAAAAAUUCAUCUCCUCCACAAGCAUCAAAUCCACCCACUAAGUCAGCCCCAUCUCCCAGGCUUACCCCUCCUGCUUCCUCUGUUCCUCAACAAGCACCUCCCCCAUCAAUUUCUCCUCCAAAAGCAUCACCGCCACAAUCAAUAAUACAAAUGGCACCACCUCCUCCAUCAGUUGUUUCACCUCCAUCUUCUUCUGUCUCUCCUCAAAAUCCUGUUCCACCGGUGGCAGAAAAUCCAACAUCAAACAACUCUAGUCAAAAUUCAAGCUCUUCAAAUAAUGGAGGCAUCAAUGCUAGACUUGCAGCAGCAAUUGGUGCAGGGGUUGGAAUAUUAAUAUUGCUCAGUCUCAUUGCAAUUAUCUGGUUUCUGAGGAGGCAAAAGAAAAAAAAUUCUGGACUUAAUGGUGGCUAUGUUAUGCCAUCUCCAUUGGGCUCCUCUCCAAAAGCAGAUUCACCUGUUUCAAAGACACAUUCUUCAGUUCCCCUUAUAGGAAGUGGUUCUGGGAGUGAUUUUGCAUACAUGCCAUCAGAGCCAGGUGGUUUAGGCAAUUCAAGGUCAUGGUUUGAAUAUGAAGAACUAGUGAAGGCUACAAAUGGGUUUUCAGAUCAGAAUCUUUUGGGUGAAGGUGGAUUUGGUUCUGUUUAUAGAGGAUGUCUACCGGACGGGAGAGAAAUAGCAGUGAAGCAGCUAAAAGUUGGUGGAGGACAGGGGGAGCGUGAAUUUAAAGCUGAAGUUGAGAUCAUUAGUCGCAUACACCAUCGCCAUUUGGUUUCACUUGUUGGUUAUUGCAUUUCUGAUAACAGAAAGCUUCUUGUGUAUGACUAUGUCCCAAACAACAAUCUCUACUUCCAUCUCCAUGGGGAAGGCAGGCCGGUUAUGGACUGGGCAACCCGAGUUAAGGUUGCUGCUGGUGCAGCUCGUGGAAUAGCCUAUCUCCAUGAAGAUUGCCAUCCUCGGAUUAUUCAUAGGGAUAUUAAGUCAUCAAACAUCCUUUUAGAUGACAACUUUGAAGCUCGGGUUUCGGAUUUUGGGCUCGCAAAAUUAGCUCUGGAUGCAAAUACACAUGUAUCCACACGUGUUAUGGGGACCUUUGGAUACAUGGCCCCUGAAUAUGCAUCAAGUGGCAAAUUGACCGAGAAAUCUGAUGUGUACUCCUUUGGAGUUGUACUCCUGGAGCUAAUUACUGGACGAAAGCCAGUGGAUACAUCUCAACCUUUGGGCGAUGAGAGUCUAGUUGAAUGGGCUCGUCCUUUGCUUAAUCAUGCACUCGACAAUGAAGUUUUUGAAGAUUUGGCAGAUCCAAGGUUUGAGAAAAACUAUGUUCAAAGUGAAAUGUUCCAAAUGAUUGAGGCCGCCGCAGCUUGCGUGCGACAUUCAGCUGCAAAGAGACCACGAAUGGGACAGGUGGCACGUGCUUUUGACAGUAUAGUUGCCUCUGAUCUUACCAAUGGAAUGAGAUUGGGUGAAAGUGAAGUGUAUGACUCUGCACUACAUUCUGCAGAGAUUAGAUUGUUUCGGAGAAUGGCAUUUGGUAGUCAGGAGUACUCUACCGAUUUUUUCAGCCACGGAAGCUUGAAUUAGGAGGGAUGGCAGAAAUUUUGGGUUAGAAUUGAAUCAUGAAGCAAAUGGGUUUGAUGACACAAGAUGUUGCCCUGUUAAUGCAGGGGUGAUUCACUUCAGAGGCACUGAUUUGCCUCCCCCUCAGGCCCGACCUGGUUAGAUGUAGAUACUGACAUUCAAGUCUUUAAUUAGAUUUUGUAGCUAGGUUCCUUCUCAGCUUACAUAUAAUUUAUGAAUGUUGUCUUUUCAACAAUUUUGUUUUGUAAGUAAAACAUGCCAAUUUUUGUUUGGUGGUAUUAAUAAAGUUAAUAUUCAUUGUUUAUUUUA